AAUAUAGGAUUUGAUUCUACAGUUCUUCUUGACUUUUUGAUUUCAUCAGAAACCUGUUUUCUUGAAUAUUUUGUGAGGUUUUUAAAAUUAUUGCAAAAAGACUGGAAUAAUUUUUUCACCAUUUGCAAGUACUUUGAUGCAACUGAAUCUAAAUGUGGCAUAAAUAUUUGUAAUUGUGUUCCCUCACUUAUCCAAGACAGAAGCGCCAACCAAACAACACCUCAUCGUUUGACUGCUCUUGAUAGUCACAUAAAUGCUUCUUCUUGGGUCUCCUGGGCUUCUGAACCACUGAACCAGGUUAUGAUGUCCAAGAAGACCCACAGCAUCGGGGCUCACAGUCUCUCUUCCUUCCAUGCUUCUCAAAGUCUGGUAGAUUAUGACAGCUCUGAUGAUUCUGAAGUGGAAUCCACAGACCAGUGUUUAGCAAACAGUAAACAGACAUCUUUACAACAAGAAACGGUUAAGAAAAUUCAGGACACAGCUGGGACAAGUAGGGAUGAAAAAGAACUUAUCCUAGAGCCUCAGUCAGGGUCUCUAGUUCCAAAAGAGUCUAAUACUCCCUACUCCAUUGACUGUGAAGUAACCCCACAUGAUAAUGUCUCUGAUGUGGGAAUAUUUUAUAGAGUAGUCAAGUGCUUGGAAGAACUACAAGGUGCCAUUUACCGUUUGCAAAAGAAAAAUCUAUUCCCUUAUAAUCCUGCUGCACUUUUGAAGUUGUUAAAACAUAUAGAGGCAAUAUAUAAUAAAAGUAUGAACCCUUUGUAAAA